CUGAUUAGUCAUGGAGAUUACUGGGAGGGUGAGAAUGGUUUUCAGGGAUUGAUGCCAGAUUUGGAGGAUUGUGAAGUCCUUCAUUAUGUAAAACGAGAGAAAAGAGUUGUUUUUGUCAUCAAGUGGGAUUCAGCACCACGGACAGCUCCACACUUUUCAUUUCUUGUUUAAAAGCUUCUGACGCACAAACGGAUGUAGAAACUUUGUUUCAGGUCAACUUUUAAAAUUCAAACUACUUACAUGUGACUUUACUUUCCCCUUAUUUUCUGAUUUAAACGUUUCAUCUUGAAAUACACUAUCAAAAAACAAAAAAAGUUUGUUUUCCGUUUUCCUUUUUUAUGUUGAAAAUAGAAAAGCAAAAAAUGAGUCGACUUCCGUUUACGUUAUUUCGUUUUUUGAUUGGUGAUCGGCAAAACGGCUCGUUUCCCUUUGUUUCCCAAAGGAAAAUCGUUUGGCUGUCAUGUACACGGACCCUUUAGGUUACAUGUAAGCAGGUUUUAGUCCGCACAUCCAAAUAAAAGUAAUUUGUUUCCAGUUGAUUCGAUUUUUGUUUUAUACUCGGGUGAUGAAACGCAUUCAGUGACUCGAUGCAACCUGCUGGGUUCCUUAUAUAGGAAACUUUUUUCUGAUUGGCUUAAUGAACUGACCUGUAUUGGAAUGUUUAUUAUGUGAAGUGCCUUGAGACGACUCUUGUGAUUUGGCGCUAUAUAAACAAACUUGAAUUGAAUUCAGCAGCAAAGUGUUAAAAUGUGAGCUGCUACGCGUCAUUUCAGUCGAUUUAUUUUCCUCUUCUUGCAGCUUUUGACUUGUUCUCCUCCUGUUUACAAGCCAGAGAGGAUCUGAAACAAGUAAAACACAAAACCCGCUCCCGGAGUCCGUGCAGCUCUCGGGAGCGCGCGCGGCUGCGUCUCCGGAGUUGUCCACUUUCCAAUACGCUCGUUACUUUCUUUGCACUGACGUCAUAAGGAGCCGUUUGCAUGUAUAAAACCCUCCGGACCUUCUGCGGACUCCACUCACAGGACCUCCCAGACCCGGAACCGAACCGGAGACCGACCCUAUCAGCUGCAGCAGCAGAGAGUAAAGCGAGUCCUGAGGGUUCAACAGCUGCUGGACAUGAAGUCUGUCCCCCUCCUCCUGCUCCUCUUCUCGGUCCUCCUCUCAUCACACCUCCGCCCCGCCGCCGGCAGACCGCGCUUCCUCCCGGGCAGGUUGGAUGGCAGCGGUCGCCUCCAGGCGCAGCAGCUGGACGGAAUGCUUCUCAAAGCGGACGCAGACGGAACCGCGUCGGAAUUCCUGGGCGACAACGUCCUGAGGAUCCUCCAGAGGAGAGACCCGGACCACCUCCACCUGCUGCCGGAGGAGGAGGGAGAGGAGGAGGUGCUGAGGGCCGCCGUGCAGCUGCUGAAGCGCAGCGAGGAGCCGCCGCUCUCUAUCGACCUGACCUUCCACCUGCUGAGGAAUAUGAUCCAGAUGGCCAAGAUGGAGAGCCAGCGGGAGCAGGCGCAGCUCAACCGCAAAGUCCUCGACGAGGUGGGAAAGUAACCUCCUGACCUCGUCCUCCAACAGCGCAGAACCUGUGAGAUGAGCUCCAGUUCGCGCAACAUUUUACGCACAUGGUGCCAUUUUACGCAUCACAUCAGUGUCUAUCGUGUGUUAUCUAAGAGACACCAGGGGAAAGGGUUUCCAUCUCUCUCACCAUCUCAUCCCACAAACCAACAACUCUCGACCUGUGACGUCACAGCUAAACGGAAACCGUCAACGGUUUUAAUGCUUCUGGACUUGCUCGUUUUUUAAAUCAUUUGUGCCUAAAGCGAUCUGAUGUGAGCAUGAACGGUUUCAGUUUGACUUCCGGGCUGGGUGAUCAAACAGAAUUAAGACCCCCUGAUUGGUUAAAUGUGUUUAUUAUUAAAAUCACUUCAGCAGCAUAAGAUAAGGUGAUCUGAAACAACAAAACUGCAUCUGAAGCUGCAGAAAAAAACAAACUUUCAGUUUUAACCCAAACUGAAGAUCUUGGUGCUAAAGAAGCUCCUGAUAAAGAAUCUGUGUUUAAAUGUGUGAAUAUUUAAACCUUGUGUUGUGAUUGCAGCCCCCCAGAUAAGGAACAGGUGGAUGAUCAUCUCCACACCUUGCUGUUUGAGCAGAUUCACCUGUACUGUAACAACUGUAGCAUGCUGACCAACAAGAAAAGUACAAAAACAGUCUUUGCCUCACUUUUGUGUCUGUUGCAUUUUCACUUUGUUUCAGCUAAAUAUUUAAAAAAGCCUUUUUGCCCUUUCUAUUUUGUAAUAAAAAAGUUUAAUGCGAGAAAAAUGUUGCUUUUGACUUAUAUUGUGCAAAGAUUCAUUGUUUUUGUUUGUGACUGAAGUCACGUGUUUUACCAGCAUCAUUCAUCCAUUCACUGCUUCAUCCUCAAAGCACUUCCUGUUAUGUCAUAAAUAUGAACAAUGACCCUUUUGACUUCCACACAAAAGGAAAAAAAUGAACAUUUAUCCUGUUUAUAAAUGAUUUUUGGGCAAUAAAGCGAUAAUAGUGUAAAUAACUUAAAUUAUUGGACAUUUUUUAUUUUAGAGUUUUUAUUAGUUCAGUAUUUUCUGGAGUUUCUGUUUUUUUUUUGUCAUAAGAAAAAUGUAAGAAUGAUUAUUUUAAUUGUAGGAUAACGUAAAUAAUGUUUAACCUAUUAUUCAAUCUUCUCCAUAAAUUCUGUUUUUUUAUUUCAGUGAUUUUUUUUCUGUACUCAAAGCUUCAGACUUAAACUCCAGCUGUUCUAGUUAACCUUCUGAGUACCACAAGAAAAUAAUUUUAUUUUUUAUUCAUUUUUACACUUUUCUCUCUUAGAUUUGGCACCGAGAA